AUGGCACUUGUAACAAGCACUCCAACCUAUGAAGAACCAAUCAUCGCCGAGGUUGACAUGGGUUCUGAUUUCAGUGAACCCACAGUUCGAGCCACCGUUGUUCAGGCUUCCACCGUCUUCUACGACACUCCCGCCACUCUAGAUAAGGCUGAGAGAUUGCUGGCUAAAGCAGCUAGCUAUGGCUCCCAGCUUGUUGUGUUUCCAGAAGCAUUUAUUGGUGGCUAUCCGCGUGGGUCUAGUUUUGGUGUUACUAUUGGCAACCGCACAGCCAAGGGUAGAGAAGAGUUUAGGAAGUAUCGUUUAGCGGCCAUUGAUGUUCCUGGUCCUGAGGUGGAUAGAUUGGCAGCAAUGGCGGAAAAGUAUAAAGUACAUUUAGUGAUGGGUGUGAUAGAGAGGGAUGGAUACACACUUUAUUGUACUGUCGUCUUCUUUGAUUCUCAAGGUCAUUACUUAGGAAAGCACAGGAAAAUCAUGCCAACAGCAAUCGAACGGGUUAUCUGGGGAUUUGGAGAUGGAUCAACCAUUCCAGUGUUUGAAACUCCAAUUGGAAAAAUUGGUGCUGCCAUUUGUUGGGAGAAUAAGAUGCCACUAUUAAGAACAGCAAUGUAUGCUAAAGGUGUGGAAAUAUAUUGUGCACCAACUGCUGAUUCGAGGGACUUGUGGCAAGCAACGGUGACCCAUAUUGCACAUGAAGGUGGAUGUUUCGUUUUGUCCGCGAACCAGUUCUGUAGGAGGAAGGAUUAUCCACCUGCUCCAGAGCACGUUUUUGAAGGUUUAGAAGAUGACCUCACACCUGAUUCUGUUGUAUGUGCUGGAGGUAGUGUCAUUAUAUCACCGUCAGGGACUGUAUUGGCUGGACCAAAUUAUGAGGAUGAGGCGCUGAUAACAGCAGACCUAGAUCUUGGGGAAAUAGCAAGAGCUAAGUUUGAUUUUGAUGUUGUUGGACACUAUGCCAGACCUGAAGUGCUCAGCUUGAUUGUCAAAGACCAUCCAACAAAUCCGGUUACUUUUGCCUCGGCAUCAACAAAAACUGAAGAGAAGAGCAAGUAG